CUUCCAUGAGAUGGCCAUGUAUGAUCUCCCCGCCAUGGUGGACUUCAUCCUAAGGCAAACUGGGCAGGAGAAACUGUUCUACGUUGGCCAUGCUCAGGGCAACUCUCUGGGUUUCAUAGCAUUUUCGAGCAUGCCACAUCUGGCUGCGAAAAUCAAACUGUCCUUUGCGCUGGCUCCUCUCUACACCUUCCAUCACGUUAAAGGCCCUGUGGUAAAGAUAGCGUUUUUACCAGACGUGGUUCUGAAGACAAUAUUUGGAACAAAACAGCUGACUCUGGUGGAGAGGAAGGAGAGCGCCAUCCUUGCAAAGAUGUGCAGCAAUGACCUGACAGCUGAAGUCUGUGAAAACGAGAUCUUCCUUAUUGGCGGGUACAACAAGAAGAACUUGAACGCGAGCCGACUGGAUGUAUACCUAGCUCAUUUUCCAGACUAUACAUCAGUAAAAACUCUUCUCCACUGGGGACAG